UCACUACAGCCUGGUAAUGGUCAAAUCUUAAUGGUCCUUGUGAUUUUAAUUAUUUGAAUCAUUUCGUUACAUCAAGUAAAUUUGGUAAAAAACAAAUAUAUAAAGCACAAAUUUGAAUAACAAAAACCCCGAGCUAAUAAAACCCGCGCUUCUUCGCUGGCCGACGUUGCUACGGCAGGUAUAACAGAUCGUAUCAUCCAAUCACAGCCCAGAGGAACAGAAUUGACAGCCUUGGCUCCGCCCCGCCGUCUACCUGUAAUCCAAUCCGCGGCCCUGUCACAGGUAAAACCGGCCUCGAUUUCUCAGCAUUGCCCCAAAAAGCGAGAAAAGCCGACAAAACCCGUUCUCUCAGGAGGGGACAGCUUGUUUGUUGCCGCGGCCCUCAUCCAGUGUGAGCGGAGGAGUUUUCCAAGCUAAAGCAGACGGAUCGGAUUUUCAGUACCAACUAGAAAGUCCAGUUCGACCGAGCGAGAGAUGUCACAGGAGCAUGACAACAAGCGCGCUGUCCUGGUCCUCCAGAAUGAGCCAGGCUACGGAGGCCAGCGUCGCUUCACCACAGAGGAUGAAGCCUGGAAAUCCUUCCUGGAGAACCCACUGACAGCUGCCACCAAGGCCAUGAUGAGCAUCAAUGGCGAUGACGACAGCGCCGCGGCUCUGGGUCUUCUCUACGACUACUACAAGGUGCCCAGAGAGAAGAGAAUGCCCCAGAACAAGCCAGAAGCAAUGGUCUCAGAUGUGGAUCCAAACAAAAGCAACAGGAACCAGAUUCAGCCUGGACAUAACAUCUCUCCGCUGCAGGAAACUGGUAUGGAGGGCAGAAUCCAGGUCCUGAAAGGACCCUUCAAUAUCCUCCAGCUGGCCCAGGACAAGAGGACCCAGUUCCCUUCACCAGACACCACGGUCACAGUCUCCAUUGCGGCCAUGCCAAACUACACGUCUGUCAAAACAGAGGUUCCCUCUCACGGCUUCUCGGUGACAGUGCCGAACAACUGCACGGACGCCGACAACCACGUGAGCGUCUUUGACCGCCAGCUCAACCACAGCACGGUCCAGUUCAGCCCCAGCACUCAGUCCCGCACGCCGCCCGACUCCACCUUCUCCGAGGGUUACAAGGACAGUUCCCAGGAGGUGUUUUCCUUCCCAGGAGAUCUCCAGUUACGCAUGGCCCCCAUUACGCCCGAGGACUACACUCAGUUCAACCCGGUGCCAGGGAAUAAUUUCGAAUACACUCUGGAGGCGUCCAAGUCUCUGCGUCAGAAGACAGGGGACGGAACAAUGACGUACCUCAACAAGGGGCAGUUUUAUCCCAUCACCCUCAGGGAGAUUGACAACAAAGGGUUGCAACAGCCAAUCACCAAAGUCAGGAGUGUGGUGAUGGUUGUGUUUGGGGAGGAGAAGUGCAGAGAUGAUCAGCUGAAACACUGGAAGUACUGGCACUCCAGACAGCACACUGCCAAACAGAGGUGUCUCGACAUCGCCGAUUACAAAGAGAGUUUCAACACUAUCGGUAAUAUCGAAGAGAUUUCCUACAAUGCCAUUUCUUUCACCUGGGAUACAAAUGAGGAAGCCAAGAUCUUCAUCUCUGUCAACUGUCUGAGCACAGACUUCUCAUCCCAGAAGGGAGUGAAGGGUCUUCCUCUGAACCUCCAGAUCGACACCUACAGCUACAACAACCGCAGCAACAAGCCCAUCCACCGCGCCUACUGCCAGAUCAAAGUCUUCUGUGACAAGGGAGCGGAGAGGAAGAUCCGAGACGAGGAAAGGAAGCAGUCACGCAGGAAAGGGAAGGUGGCCGACUUGAACACCGGCCUGGCCUUCGUGGAUGUCAAAGUGCCCAUCCUCCAGAAACGCAACGACGUCACCAUCUUUAAGAUGUUGGCCGACCUGGAGACUCAGCCUGUGCUUUUCAUCCCCGACAUCCACUUCUCUACCCUGCAGCGUCAUCCAUUCACAACAGAGGAGACAGAAGACAACUCUGGGAUGAAGAGAUUACCUUUCAGUGACGAAGAGUUCACGCCUCCUACAAACAAGAUGGCAAGACUGGAGGAACCAAAGAAAGUGCUGCUGUACGUGCGCAAGGAGACAGAGGAAGUGUUCGACGCACUCAUGCUGAAAAAUCCCACGCUGAAAGGCCUGAUAGAAGCAAUUUCAGAGAAAUAUGAGUUGCCUUUGGAAAGGGUUGGAAAGGUCUAUAAGAAAUGCAAGAAAGGUAUCCUGGUCCACAUGGACGACAACAUCAUCAAACACUACUCCAAUGAAGACACCUUCCAGAUCACAAUGGAGGAGCUGGGCGGCAUGUACAAACUCACCCUCACUGAAAUCUGAUUGGGCAGCACAGUGGCGACGUCAUCACAGAGAUGGGUGGAGCCAGAGGGAGACAUCAGGAGAAGUGGUGUUUACAUGUGUGGAUGUGCGGCGAGAAAAAAAAAAAAGAAAAAAGAGGACUUCACCUGUAAUGAAAAAAAUAUCCGUGUUCAGUGUCAAACUCUGCUAAAAAAAAAAAAAAAAGAA